AGGAACUGCAUCAACACUGUCAACAGAGGAAAUACAUUGUCAUGGAGUUUAUUGUUGAUUUUCUAAGAGUUAAAGUUUUUAUUUUAGCGUUAUUGAAAUGAGACACUGUAACUGGACGUAUGCACAGAUGGUACAGUGUAUCUCGGAACUUUCGCUUCCUCGGAUAAGGCAUGCAUAACGGCCGGCACACAUGUCCCAUGGAGAGGAGAAAAUAACCCCGAAGAGGAGAAGGAAAAAGAAGACGUCUCUGUUGCCCGGCUCCUAAAGUGAUCAAGCACCCUCAGAGAGAGAGAGAGAGAGAGAGAGAGAUAGAGGGUAAUAAAGACAGAGGGAGAGUGUAAGGAGGAGGAGGUAAGGAAAGAUCGAAGGGGGAAAGAGGGGGAAACAGAAACAAAGCAGUGAAACGAGCAAACAAUGGCUUUCUUGGACAACCCAGCCAUUAUCUUGGCCCACAUCCGGCAGUCCCAUGUGACCAGCGAUGACACGGGCAUGUGUGAGAUGGUGCUAAUCGACCACGACGUGGACCUGGAGAAGUGGCAGCUGGCCUCGGUGCCCGGCAGCAGCGGGGGUUCACUGGGUUCGGGCUCCCUAGGCGAAGGGGGCAGCGGAGGGGAGAACCCGGGCUGCGACCUCUCCCAGUCAUUGGACAUCACCUCCAGCUGGGACUUUGGCAUCCGCCGGCGCUCCAACACAGCUCAAAGACUUGAACGGUUAAGGAAGGAGCGACAGAAUCAGAUCAAAUGCAAAAACAUUCAAUGGAAGGAGAGGUCGUCCUCGCAAUCAGCGGAGGACCUGGGUUCCCUGUUUGAGAAGAGGGACUUUAAAGAUAGACCCAGGAACACUGGUACCAAGUCGACCCUCUCUCUCCGGCUCGAGCAAUGUCCCCAGCAGCUCAACAACCCUUUCAACGAAUACUCCAAAUUCGACGGCAAGGGCCACGUAGGUACAACCGCAACCAAAAAAAUUGACGUCUACCUCUCGAUGCAGUCUGCACAGGAGAAACUGCAUCCCAUGAUGGUGGUGACCAUCGCCAACGCUCGGGUCCACGACCUCAUUGGCCUCAUCUGCUGGCAGUACACCAGCGAGGGCCGCGAACCCAAACUCAAUGAGAACGUGAAUGCGUACUGCCUCCACAUAGCAGAGGAUGACGGGGAGGUGGACACGGACUUCCCCCCUUUGGACUCCAAUGAGCCCAUCCACAAGUUUGGUUUCAGCACUCUGGCCCUGGUCGAGAAGUACUCGUCCCCCGGCCUGGCCGCCAAGCAGUCCCUCUUUGUCCGAAUAAAUGCUGUCCAUGGUUUCUCUCUCAUCCCAGUGGACAGCCUGAAGGUGACCAUGAAGGAGAUCCUGCAGAAGGCGCUGAAGAAGAGGAAAGGCUCUCAGAAAGGCUCUGGUCCCAUGUACCGUCUGGAGAGGCAGACGGAGCCCAACGUGCCCGUGGAUCUGGACUGUAGCCUGGAGAGCCAGAGCACCCUGGAGUUCUGCCUGGUCAGGGAAAACAGCUCCAGAGGAGAGGACAGUUCAGAGGAGGAUCCUCCCAUGGACAUCACCACGGUGCAGGACAUGCUGAGUAGCCACCGCUACAAGUCCUUCAAGAUCAGCAUGAUCCACAAGCUCCGUUUCACCACUGACGUACAGCUCGGCAUCUCGGGGGAGAAGGUGGAGAUUGACCCCGUCACCAACCAGAAGACCAGCACCAAGUUCUGGAUCCGACAGAAACCUAUCUCCAUCGAUUCAGACCACCUCUGUGCCUGUGACCUUGUGGAGGAGAGGAGCCCCAGUCAUGCAAUAUUCAAGCUCACAUACCUCAGCAACCACGACUACAAGCCCCUGUACUUUGAGUCUGAUGCUGCUACUGUCAAUGAGAUCGUGCUUAAGGUGAACUACAUCCUGGAGUCUCGGGCCAGCACGUCGCGGGCGGACUACUUUGCCCAGAAGCAGCGUAAACUGAGCCGGCGCACCAGUUUCAGCUUCCAGAAGGAGAAGAAGUAGAGGAUAGACCCUGGAGCCACUGUCUAGACCCUGGAGCCACUGUCUGGACCCUGGAGCCACUGUCUGGACCCUGGAGCCACUGUCUGGACCCUGGAGCCACUGUCUGGACCCUGGAGUCACUGUCUGAAGCCCGGACCGUGGAGCCACUGUCUGAAGCCCGGACCGUGGAGCCACUGUCUGAAGCCCGGACCGUGGAGCCACUGUCUGAAGCCCGGACCGUGGAGCCACUGUCUGGACCCUGACUGACUUCACUCUCACAGCAGAGGGCCAAGGGAGAGAGGGAUGGAGAGAGAGUGAAGAGUGUCACAGUCAGCAAUAUAAUAAGAGUCAGAGAUGAUGAGAAAUAAAAAGAGAGGGAGAUCAAGGCCGCAGGAAGAUGUUUUUUUGUUCUCUGCUCAUACAGUAAAGGCCUAGUUAACAAAUUUUGUGGGAAAAAUAUAUUUUAUUUAGAUUCAUCAGGGGGCGCUGUAGCACCCUCGACACCCUUACUUCUCGCGGCUAUGAGGGAGAUGCAUCUUGAUCCUAGAUAAUUAAGAGCUGCCUCCUAAACUCCCAUGUCUUCACAGAAGGGUCUCCACUCGUCAGCCAUAUCAGAGCUAAAGUUCUCUGCCUGCCCUUUGUCCUUUUAGGAAUACACAGACAUAGAAAACAAGAAAAGGCGGGACUUGUAAUCCCUAUUCUGAAGGAGAUGAAGGAAUACAACUCACCCCCCUGUUAUUGUCAAUCCCAUGAACUCUGGAUGGAUCAGAGGACCACGGUGUUGCUUUAACACCAGUGUCAAUCAACGAAACCUUGUUCAUCCACUGCCUACAAAUCAAUUCUACAUUUGAGAGUUGAAUGCAUACCGAUGGCUCGAGUGAAAACCGAAGCCAUCAGGACAAUGAAAAUACUAAAUCCCCCGCUUCUUCUCUAUGUAUGAAGAUGUAAACUUAAUCAGACUUAUGUUGUACAUUGGUAUGUAAAGGGAACAUCCUUACAUUUUUAUUUGUAUAUAGAUAACGAUUACAUUCAGGGUUAAUUAAAUGAUAUGAUGAAACCUGCUUUGGCCAUAGUACAUUCAGUGCCUGAAACCUUUAAAAUAGUGGCUCACUACCAAUCAAUGCCAGUGCUGCUGAGGUGCUGUGAGGGUUUUUAAAAACACGAGCAAGACGAGUACAUAAGGAAGGCAUUUCCAUACUUUUGAGUCUGAAAGAAAACUCUCAAAACUACUUCUUGUGUACUAAGGUAGCAAGGGGUUAGGAAGGGGUACGACCUGACAGAUUUUUAUGAUUUCAAACAAACAAAAAAAAUGUAAUUAUUACCUGUACUUUUUACUGUGACCCUAUACAAAAAUUUUUUCUUUCUGCGUUGUAUCUAUGGACUGUAAAAUAAUUAAUGAAGCACUGUCUGUUGAACAGAUCAUGUUUGUUCAGACUGUCCCGAUGUGAGGCACAUAGGGAAUGUAUGACUUUUUACAGCAUUUUGUUGAUGUUGUUAAUACAAUGACAUUAUAUAAAUUCUGCUCAUAUGUUGUUGC